UGAGUUAAGUGGCUUUAAUGGAAUUAGUGGGUUGUGAUACAACGGGAUUUUUUAAAAAAUAUUUAUAUAAUGUCCAAAAAAAAAUGUAUAUAGUGUAAUAUUUUGUUUAUAUUAGUCUCUCAGUUUGAACUGAACCUGGAGUCUUUAUAUUUCACAACCAGAAGUGUUAUGAAAGCCCUCUGGUGAUAUUUAAUUGUCCACAGGGUGUGAAAAGAAAACGUUCCUCGCUCGUUGUCUCCAUGCUUAUGAUCUGAGAGUGAUAUGAUGAUCAAAGACUGUGAGAGAUGAUGAUGCUGUGUUGUGAGCGUUGUUCUGUCUUCUGAUUGGCUAGUGUAAUUAUCUUGACACGCGCGGUCCCAUCUUGUCACGCGCUUGUGAACCACCAGCUCCCGCCAAACGCCUUCAGUCACAAUCUGCUUUAGAUAUGUGUAUGAAAACAUGGAGCUGUCAAAGAGUGGAGAUAUUUCAGUUGAUCGAAAGAGGUCAAGUAAGGCACAUGGCCAGAGUAAAUGGCCUGAAGAACACAAAUAUCAAACCACCUCGAAUAAUGGAUUUGUGAAUACACACAGUACUGAUGAAAGCUCAUCCUCACUGCCUGUGCCAGAUACUCUGGACAUACUGUCUCCAGGGGUUAGUGACAAGCUCUCAGAAGGUAAUAGGCAGCUCCAUGGCUCUUUCAGAAGAAGCAGAACCCAUGACUGUGUGAGAGGAACGGGACUGCAGAAAGCUGAGAGCCCUGUUUACAAAGAUGGAACGAACUGGCACCAUCAUCAUAAGCUGGUGACCAGUGUCAGCUUUUCAGGAUUCGAGGCGCCUCUAAGGCUGUUUCGUGAGAAUCGAGAUACAUCUGGCAGCAGCCAUGAAUUCACUGAUUACUGUAACCUAACACCUCAAGUGCCCUUUGUGCACUGCAAAGCCAAGUCCAUUCCUAAAAAGAGGAUCUCACUGAGGAAACAUAGGAAGGCCAUUAAGGACUUGUUUGUUCACGAUAGACACAGACGUGAAAAAGCUAUGUCCCCAAGUACACCAUGUCAUGUUACAGGUGAGAAUGUUCCAACAUUGAGGAAGAUGGUAAGGCACCGAAAACGCACCACUGCAGGAAACGGAUAUAAUGAACUCAGUGAGACUCCCUCCGAUUCUUCCAGUGAAUGUUGUUCUAAUGUCGGUGAGGAUGCUGCUUCAUUAAAAAGCUUUGGAUCUCAGGCUGGGUGUGGUGAGAUUUUUGCUAAUGAGCUUGUAUCACCUGAGGGGGUCCUUAGCCCCGAGCACCACACAGUUGCCUGUGAACCUCUGAGAAAAAGCCCUACUACUAUAGGUUUCCAGGGAGGUAAUGAGUGUCUGGCAUCUCCAGUGCACGCUGAGGUCCUGGACAUGUUUGGGUUGUGGGAAACCCUAAACAGAACUUUGCUUUUUGGGCAGAGUUCAAAAGCAACAGGACAUGCAACAAAACCCACAACCCCUAUCACAGAAUCUCCUCCCACAGCCAAGUCUGAAUAUGAAACAACAAAUACACCACGACCUGUAGAGGACGAGAUCAUGGAAUCAAAUUCUGAUGUGAUAACACCCAAAAGUGAUAACCGAGGGAACACCAGUGAUGAGGGCUACUGUGAUUAUGUUUCUCCUGGUUUUGAGGACCACAGUAGAAGUUCCCUCACUCCAGUGCAUUCCAUUAAUUUCCCUGGGGACACGUACAGUAGAGAUGCUCUUUAUGAGCUAUUCUGUGACCCUAGCGAGGCUGAGAUGACCUCGAUCUUUAAUGAUGAGAUCAAUCUAACAGACAGCAUUGUUGGCCAGUGCAGUGAUCUUCCAUUAUCCAUGUACAGCUUCCAUGUUGGAGCAGAGGAGAAUCUUGCCCCUCCUUUGGCUCAGGACUUUGUUGGUCAAGAGCUUCUGCAAAGUAAAUGGAUGGGGAAGGAUUGCUUACUAAAGCUUUGUGACACUGAGAUAUCUAUGGCUAUGGGUAUAGUUAAUUGGCUAAAGAAUAGGACUGACAAUAGCAACCCAAAAGAGUUGAGAUCUUCAAAAUUGAGCAGUGAUGAAACAAGAGAUGAAUGUCUGAGAUGCCUAACGCAGUCUGCAAGGAUUGGGAAAUCAACAAAAGGAUCAAGAAGUGUUAACAGUAGAGGAGACACAGCUGAUUUCAAAGUGUCAAAUCAGAAAAACAUUGGUAUUCUGCAUGAUGCAAACACAGUGAUGUCAACCUUGGCUUCUCCAGAAAGCCAACCCAAGACCCCAAUGAGUGGUGUGUGUUUCAGGAUAUUCAAUAUCGACUCUCCUCAAACUCCAGGUGGAGAUUUGCAGUCCCCAGUGGCAAGCUCUCCUGGCUCUGGGACAAAGUCUUUGUUUGUGUUGGCCUUAAACAAGGAUUCUCUUUGUGAAUCUUGCAAGAGUUCCCUGAAAAAUGGAGUGAAAGAUCUGCACCUGUGCCGUUCUUGUAUAUCCCUCAUUGAGCACAUCAAGACUUCAGACCUUUGGGCCCCUGCCAGUUUUCCCAGGUCUACUCUAACUCCACAGCCAAUAACCAGAGAGCUACUCUCUCCAACCAGCACCUGCGGGAUACGAAGUGACAUCAGCAUAGCUUCCCUUGUUGAGCAGUGUGCUAGUCAGUUGUCUUCUAUGAAAAUCAACUUUACUCAAGCUCACUCAAACUGUGAAAUAAGAGAUAUCCUUGUACCUGAGCAAGGGGUAAAAAGGAACAAAGAACACUCUCAAAAAUACAUAAAGAAAAAGAAAAGGUCAGUGGCAACUUCUGAAAGAGGCUUGCAUGAUAGACCUCACUUGAAGACGUCCAGCUUUUCUGAAGAUGUGAAUCCUUCCCUUUUAGAGACUAAGGGACUUGGUUCUGAUGAUUUGUUGUUGGAAACUUAUGGUCCAUGUGUUUCUGAAUCUGGUGAUGCAGAUGUAUCUCAAGCUACCAGGCCUACAUCUCUUCCUCUCAUGGCCUCUGCCUCUCCAGAUUUUCUUUGCAGAGAGGACCACCACAUACACCAUUUCAAUAAGAUGGAAAGAGGGAAAACCCAUCCAAAAAGAAGCACAGAUUACGGCAUCACAGGAACUAUACUGUGAAUAGUGAGGGAUCGUGCAGUGUCUUUCCAGGGGAUAUAACUGUAGAACGCAGAUGCAGAAUGAAGAAGUGAAUCAGGUGCUGGAUUUUUGUAAUCAAGACUUACAGUAGCACAUAUUUGCACAAUUAUAUUGUUUCAUUUAAUGUCAGCACUGUCACAUUCAUCCCUCCAAUCAUCAAUCCAUCAAUCAAUGUCUAGCCAUUUGUCAUCUGUUGUGGUAAUGUAACAUUGUCUAAAAUGUUUACAACACUGGUCUCAAACUCAGUUCCUGAAGGGCCACAGAUCUGCACAGUUUAGCUCCAACCCUAAUCAAACACACCUGAUCCAGCUAAUCAAGGUCUUCAGGAUUACUAGAAACUUCCAAGCAGGUGUGAGUUGGAGCUGGUUGGAGCUAAACUCUGCAGAGCUGUGGCCCUCCAGGAAUUGAGUUUGAGACCACUGGUUUAGACAAAUAUUUGUUAAAAUAUACAUUUUAAAUUAAAUAUUAGACAAUAAGUAUAAUACAAUAAUUGUAAUAUGCAGUCUAAAAUAUAUUUAAACACUUGCCACACUGUAGGACACUAUCACGGUUACACGUCAUGUUGAAUAUUCAGUUCAUUUUCUUUUUAUAAUAUGUUUGCGAAAUUGCGAUAUUUAUUUGCUUUUUAUUGUAUCUUUCCACAUCGCUGUAAUCUUAUUACAAGAAAAAUAGAGCUAAGAAAAGUUUCAUUAUUAAUGACUGUGGAGGUGCUUGAGAAGCACCUGUGCUAUAGUGAGGGCUCAGAGGAAACAUGUCACUUAGUCCUCCAUCCUGCUGUCAAAUUCUCACAUGCCUUGCAGGUAAACUCACAGCAAAGCACUUUCUCCUUCAGUUCACUCAAACAAUGGCAACAAUGAACAAACUGGCAUUCUGUAUUAUAACAGGCUGUCAACUGCAGCAGCAGAGCAUUAUGCAGUUAAAAGAAAUACAAUAGGAAAAUUGGAAGGGUGUAACAGCAUAAUACUUAAAAUAUUCCUGUUUUGUCUUUUAGAAGCAUUUUCAAAGUAGUAUAUUUAGCACAUUUUUGCAGAUCAGGGUCUUUAAAACCUCUUUUUUAAUUACAUCAUAAGGGAGUCAGUGGUCGUUGUUUUGUGCUUGUGUCAGGGGAAGUGUUUCCAGGCUUCCUGGGAAUUAUUCUGCUGUAGCUGGGUCAGCAGAGGUGCUUGAAGACUCUGAUCUAUGAGUUGUUUGGUGUGUGCCUCCCAGAGUGUUGAAGGAAUGAAUAAGUAAUUGGGAUUUGAGAGGGUGGGAGGGUUUUAGUCAUUUGGUCCGUUAUUAGUACUGUCAUUCAAACUAUUAAAAAAAAAAAAAAAGAUCUGAAAUGACUACAAUCUCCUGUAACGAAUUAAUAUGGAAACAUUGAUAAAUUUGAUGCUGCAGUUCAUUCUUGGGGAAUUGGGGAAGUCAUGACCUAGUGGUUAGAGAGUAUGAUUCCUAACCCUAGGGUUGGGGGUUCGAAUCUCGGGCUGGCAAUACCACAAUUUAGUUGCCCUUGAGCAAGGCAUCAAACCCCUAACUGCUCCCCGGGCACCGCAGCAUGAAUGGCUGCCCACUGCUCCAGGUGUGUGUUCACAGUGUGUGUGUGUGUGUUCACUGCUCUGUUUGUGUGUGUGCAGUUUGGAUAGGUUAAAUGCAGAGCACGAAAUCGGAGUAUGGGUCACUGUACUUGGCUGAAUUUCAUGUCACUUUUUUAAAAAUAGUUUUAUAUUGCUUAGCUGUAUGGGGCUGUGUUUUAAUGAAAAAUAUAUUAUUUUUUUUAGCUUUUUGGUGAUUAGGACUUAUUAUGAUAAUGCUGCUUGUUUUCAAACUGAGAGUGUUCAUAUAUUAAAUUAAUGAAGUUUAAAGAUUUUGUCAGUAAUGUUUUGCCUUCAGAAAAUGUUGAAUGUAGGUACUGACUUCGAUAACUCAUCUUGACUUCGACUGACAUCUCUAAUCCGGGUAAAGUGGAUUUUUAUCCACCUUCAGUCUGCUUAUCUUAACAGAGCAGCUUUAGAAGAUAAAUACACAAAUUAAACCGGGACAUCAUCAAGAGAGCAUGAGACAGGACUUUCUCUUAUUUAGUGUUUGUAUUUCUUAUUGCAAGAUCAGCGUACAAUAAAAAUGUGGAUCUUGUAUUUCCUUAGCAGGAAAUGUGUCUGAAUGUGGCCUGAGGUUUAUUGCUCGGCUUGUUUUGGAUGGUUGGACAUUAGUAGUAAAUGGUCUAUUGACAUACUUUUAUUUCCUGCUCAGCUCUCAGUGGAUCUUCACACAACAGACAGCUGUUUGCAUACACAUCUGGAAAAUAUGAAAGCGUGUAUUCAGUCUAAGCCAUCGUUGACUUGCAGUGUUCUGGGGGGCACAGUGUACCAAAAUAUGUUUUAUUAUGUAGUGACGCAUGAUGUUGGUUUUAAUGAUCCUUUAUCAAAAUGAGAGGAUUACAGAUAAAAAAAAAAAAAAAAACUGUUGUUUUUACACUGUAAUGUACAGUGUGGCCAAUAUGUGGCAGUACUGACAUUUCACAACCUAUGCGUAAGUGCAGAAUACCCAGUGUGAGAUUGAACACAAUGUUUAAACCACCUGCAUUUCUUCACCAGAAUCAAACUAGGCUUGUCUGUAUUCCCUCAAAGGUUUUUAUUUUAUUUUUUAUAUUCAUUAGAGCAGUACAUUUUCUAUGCAUGCUUGUCUCAUCUGAUGCUGCUCUCCAGCAGUUCGGCUUGCAGCCAGAGGGGAAGGGGUUCAUGUUGGCUUUGACCGGUGUAUAAUCCAUCAGUGUGCUCCUGGGAGUGUUCUUAGCAACCCGGGAGCCACUACAGAGCAGAUGUAUAGAGCUGGCUGACUGCUGCCUAUUGAGAGAGGUGAAGCUGAACAAGACUCUGUUCUGUUUUCUGGCUUAGAGAAUAAGCCUUAUGCUGUUAGUUUGGGUGCAUGACGAUUUAGUCCAGUGACAUGGGACACAAUGGGGGACUGUGUUAGUAUUGAGGGAUGGAAUUAGCUAUUUGUGCAGGACACUAGGUUGGAAAACUGCACUGCUGGAACUCGAAACCCUUGGAGAGUUGGUUGAUGCUUAAAGGAAAACAAACAUUUGUCUCAAAGUAGAGUAAUUAAUCUGGUGCAGCUGCUUCAAAUAAUUGCCAAUGACAGUGUGUGAAAUGUACUCACUUCAGAUGCUGAAAGAGUUUGUGAAUAAUUAUAUUAUAGAAUUACCCCCCCCCCCAAAUAAAUAAAUAAAUAAAAAAUAAAAUAAAUGAAAUAAAUAAAUACAUAAAGGUAAAUUAUAUUUUGCAUAAUCAGAAAAUAUUUUUUUAGGAUAAUAAAUGUAUAAUAAUAAUAAUUAUUAUUAUUACAUUUUUAUUUUUAAAGCACAAUAAGCAUCAAAAUUCUUGUUUAGUGUCCAAUCAGUCAGUCGGUCAGUCAGUCAAUCUAAUUCUCUUUAUUGUAAUGUGAAAAUAAUUAUAUUAUUCUUUUCUUUUUUUUUUUUCUUUUUUUUUGGUGGGUGACAUGAUGUAUUUCUUGGUGAGAUUCAGCCUUACAGCUACUAGCUCAUUAAAACGUUGAUGUGUUUUCUAAUUUCUCCUGUACAGAUUUUGAAUUUGUGGAACCAUGACUGUCUUAAACUCGUUUCUUCUGUCCAGUACCUCAGUCCUCUGCAGCUGACCUCUCUACCAGCUGUCAAAGUCUCUACCUUUCUUCCACAAGAAAUCUGACAUGUUUGCUCAUAUUACUGUCAACUCAGCAACACUGUCAGCCUGGAACAACAACAGGUCUGUUGAUCUGUUUGUCUGAAAAGUGAAAAGUCACAUCAGUGUUUUUCUCUGUCCAAAGUGUUUCUGCAGUCACUGCUAUUUUUUAUUGCAAAUUUAUCGCUGGAGUUUUCAAACCGAGGAUCAAUGACAGUACAUACUAGUGCAAUAACUACACUUUAAAAUCACUUUAUUACAGUCCGAGGGACACAUUUUAAACUGUUGUCUUAGAGAAAAUGUAUUGAAUUUGACAUUGUGGGAAGGUUAGCUUGUUUUUGCACAUCAAAACAAUCUGACAAGCUAUUUGAAAAGCUCUAUUCUGGAGUUUGGAAGAGAAACAGACAGUUUCUUGAAAGGAUUGGGACAGCUGGAGACAUAGCAAUGGAAUCAAUUUGAAAAUUGCAUCAAUUAAAAUUUGCAUUUUCAUUUGUCCUAUUAGAGUUCAAAACAGAGAUGGAUAAUUGUUUAUCAGUGAAUAAAUGAGGUAAAGUAACCCUUUGAAAGAAUGCCUUUAAUCUGGCUGAUGUGACCAGAAUUGAUGAGAGGCACCAAAAAAAGGCUCCAUUCAUACAUAUAGUAGGCCUCUUCACAAACAGGCAGGUGGCACUUUUACAUGUUGUCUUUGUCCAUUUUGGAAUGUAAUUCUGCCAGUUCAGUCCUUUUUUAAUUGGUAAAGACUUCAACUCAACCUAGACUGCAAUAGUCCAGCCAGGGUUGUUAUUGAACAGAAUUCCCAUAUGACAAGUAAUCUAUACAUGUCUGCACAUCCUUCUUUGAGCUGACAGUUAUCUGCUUAAAUAGACAUCUGCACAUCUAUAUUUAGGUGGCUGGUUAACACUGAAGUUAACUUCUAAACCAUUUAUUUAUCUUAAUUGUUAUGGAUGUAUAGGAAUAGAACACAUUUUUGAAAAAAUGGUACCUUUAGAAGUGGCCUAUAUGUGCAUGCGAUCCUUGCUCUAAACAAAAGGAAGCCAAAGGGUCAUUUCGAAGAAGCCCUUUCUGCUAGAACCUUAGCAGCUAUUAGUAAAGUAUUGUAUUUCAGGGCCUCAACCUGUUUUUCAUUACAUCAGCAUCAGCCAUAACAACAUCUGGUACAGGGUUGGUGUCAGUAAAAAAAAAUAUAUAAAAAAAUAUAUAUAUAUCAUAAUGUGUUACAUGAAUUUGUAGGCUAUAUAAACUUUGUAAAGUGCAGAUUUUUUUGGAAUGGUGUAUUAGGAAGGUUACUUUAAGUCACCUCUUAGUGCCAUUAUAUUUUUUUCAAGACAGGGCAGCUGACAAUUAUCGUAGUUCUGUGAAAUAUAUUGGAGUGCUUGCUUUUGUCACUGAGUAUUAUUAAAAACCUAUUUCUAAAUCCAUAUGCAUUUAAAUGACAUUGUUUUUGUAUUUAUGGUGUACUAAUGGUUGAUUUCACACUCAGAUUUGGGCUAAUUCAAAGCUGAGGUGUCAGCACUGUAUGUAUUGACUAUAGCUCAGACAUUGCUUAAUAGACUGAACAAAAGCUAAGCAAACAACAGAGUGACUGAACGGAGCCCUGUAUCAGGCCUGGUGCCGGCUGUGCUUUAAGACAAAAUCACAUCAACAAGUCUGUCAAUAAAUCUGGGUAGAAAAAUGA